GUUUGACUUUACAGCAGCAACACUUUCACGUAAUUUAACACAGCACCGUAUGUAAAAAUGUCGCAAACAAAAAAGGCCAAGCGACCCUCGGGUUUCUCAAAGGAUGAAACUUGGAAGAAACUUGGCUUCCUGCCGGCGUUCAAGGAGGGCAGGGAUGGGGAGCCCAAGAAGUACCGGGCGCUGUGCACCCAUUGUCGGAAAUGCCAGUCGAACACCAGCAUAGACAGGCUGAUUAUCCAUAGGAAAUCGUGUCCCAAGUUCCGGGAGGACCUCACCGCCGAGUUUGGUAUUAAGGCAGAAGCUCCGGACGCCACUCCGGCGGAACAGAACUCUUCCGGCUCCACAAUUGACUUGGCAUCAAAUAUUUUACUGGACAAACUGAUCGAUGAGGAUGAUAGCAGUGCACGCAAUCAGGAAUCAAACUUGGUAAGCUACUUGACCGAUCUGGAUCAACUGGUGAUCCCCUCAUCCGACGCCCAUCGACUGCAAAAGGAUCUGAUCAAGGCGGAAACGGAGUAUUUGGUGGUCAAAUCCGAGUACUUCACCAAGAUGAACGAGAUAUCCGAACUAAAACGCACCGUCACCUUGUUGGAGGCAAAGAAGACACAGCUGGAGAUCGCUAAACUUCGAGCCGAGUGCGAGUAGCCUAAGUGUUUUAAGUAUAAUACAUUUAAAAUUUCAACAUAAUAUAUAAAAACAUAUAGAAAAUGAA